AUGAUUGUACCAAAAGUAUCACCGAUCUGUGUUCAAGCUCCAGCUGAGAAAGGUCUUCAAGGGUUUGCUAUUGAUUUUCUCAUGGGUGGUGUCUCUGCUGCUGUGUCAAAAACAGCUGCUGCACCCAUUGAACGUGUGAAGCUUUUGAUCCAGAAUCAGGAUGAGAUGCUUAAGUCUGGUAGGUUGGAGAAGCCAUACAAAGGUAUCGGUGAAUGUUUUAGCAGAACCAUUAAGGAAGAAGGUUUUGGAUCUUUGUGGAGAGGAAACACUGCUAAUGUCAUUCGUUAUUUCCCAACCCAGGCUUUGAACUUUGCUUUUAAGGAUUACUUCAAGAGGUUGUUCAACUUCAAGAAGGACCGUGAUGGUUACUGGAAAUGGUUUGCUGGAAACUUGGGAUCUGGUGGUGCCGCUGGUGCCUCCUCCCUACUUUUUGUCUACUCUCUUGAUUACGCGAGAACCCGUUUGGCUAAUGAUGCCAAGGCUGCAAAGAAGGGAGGUGAAAGGCAAUUCAAUGGUCUUGUUGAUGUGUACAAGAAGACACUUGCAUCUGAUGGAGUUGCUGGACUUUACCGUGGAUUCAACAUUUCAUGUGUUGGAAUCAUUGUUUACCGUGGUCUUUACUUUGGAUUGUAUGAUUCCUUGAAGCCAGUUGUCCUCACUGGCAAGAUGCAGGAUAGUUUCUUUGCUAGUUUUGCUCUUGGUUGGGUGAUCACAAAUGGUGCUGGUCUGGCAUCAUACCCAAUCGACACAGUGAGAAGACGUAUGAUGAUGACAUCUGGUGAAGCUGUUAAGUACAAGAGCUCAUACGACGCCUUCUCCCAGAUCUUGAAAAACGAAGGUGCCAAGUCACUGUUCAAGGGAGCUGGAGCCAACAUCCUUCGUGCUAUUGCUGGUGCUGGUGUCCUUUCCGGAUACGACAAAUUGCAGCUUAUCGUUUUCGGCAAGAAGUACGGAUCAGGCGGCGGCUAA